AUGGCGACUCCGUCCAGCCCCAUCCUGCGCGCCAAGAGCCGCUCACUGACGCCCGACGCCGCCGUGAACAUCAGCUCCAAGCUGCGGCGCAACUCGCUGGUGAGCGACCACGAGGACAUGGUCCUGCUGCGCGAGAAGCUCACGCGCAUCGCCCUGAGACGCAGACGCAGCAGCGGGGCCGCCCACGAGCACUUCAAGGUGUUCCCGCUGCUGCCGCCCGAGCGCCCAAGCACGCCGCCGUCGUCCCCGCAGCCGCGCGACGUGCUGCGCAAGCAGCUCUGGCUCAAGCAGCAGGUGGCUAAGACAAGGAGAGGAGGAGGAGGGAGAGACGACGAGGAGGAGGAGAGGCACGACGCAGGUCUGGACGCCAUGAUGAGCGUGGACGAGGUGGAGAUCACCCCCAUGGAGGACGUGGAGGAGGACAAUGCCGUCCACUCGCCCCCUCGAGGACGCAAGAGCCCGCAGGCGAGACUUUCCAUACCUGGCCACUUGAGAGUCAUGCCGUCCUUCAGUGUCCUCAACAAGUAUCCGGAAGGACUGAGGAAACGCAAAUCUGUCCAUGUGGACGCCGCAGGAGACGGAGAGGACGACGCCCCCCGCGUGAGCUUGAAGAAAACGUCCAGUCAGAUCAACCUCUUGGCCACCGCCAGCGGCAAACUGUCCCGCAGCAGCAGUGCCGGUGGAGACCUGUUCCAGAAAUUUGCAGCCAGGCAGAGGCGCGAGCAGGACCAGGAGAUGGAGGACGGCGGCACGACCCAGCCGCAGACACCGCAGAACUCGCUGUUCGGCAAUAAACACGGACGACUAUCGGCGUGUUCCUGA